GCGCGUGUUUUUCCUCAGAGAGAGCGAAGAGCGGCGAGAGGAAGCAGCGCUGCUCUGGACACCACAGAGCCCAUCACGUCCCGGAGCGCUGGGCUGAGAGAGAGAGAGAGAGAGAGAAAGCGAAAAGAGGAAGAGAGGACUCAGAAAAUUAUGACAUCUGAUCCGGCUGCGAGUUGAUCUCUUUUUUUUUCUGUCUGACAGUUUGAACUGUGGAUCUCCACGCGCAUCGGAGUGACUUAACCCCAUUCUACUGGCUGUUUACGCGCCCUGCUUUCUUCCUGAAGAGUUUAACCCGUCUUUAAAUAAUUUGGAUUCUACUGUAUCGAUGUGAUAUCCUUUCACUUUUCGAGCACACCCACUCAUCAGAACCAGAGGCGCACAUCCAGAGGAAUAAACACACAACUGCUUGGCUUCUUGCGAAGCGCACCCACGUUGCCUCUCUCGAAUCACCCUGAAGGAUCCACAGGAGAACAAGUGCAACAUCCAAGCCGGGAGGACCCGAGAGUCUACGGAGGAUUUGUUCAUGUUUGGGAUCCAAGAGAGUAUCCAGAGAAGCGGCAGCAGCCUGAAGGAGGAGCCGCUGGGAGGCAUGAACGCUGUCCGGAGCUGGAUGCAAGGGGGCGGCGUGCUGGACGCCAACACGGCCGCCCAAAGUGGAGUGGGUCUGGCCCGGGCUCACUUUGAGAAGCAGCCGCCUUCGAACCUCCGGAAGUCCAACUUCUUCCACUUCGUCCUGGCUCUGUACGACCGGCAGGGCCAGCCGGUGGAGAUCGAGAGGACCAACUUCGUGGACUUCAUCGAGAAAGAAAAGGAGACGAGCGGAGAGAAGACCAAUAACGGGAUUCAUUACCGGCUGCAGCUUCUGUACAGUAACGGCAUCAGAACAGAGCAGGACUUGUACGUUCGACUCAUAGACUCCAUGACUAAACAGGCGAUCGUUUAUGAAGGCCAAGACAAGAACCCUGAGAUGUGCAGAGUGCUGCUCACACACGAGAUCAUGUGCAGUCGAUGCUGUGACAAGAAGAGCUGCGGAAACCGUAAUGAGACACCUUCAGACCCUGUUAUCAUCGACAGAUUCUUCCUCAAGUUUUUCCUCAAGUGCAACCAGAACUGCUUAAAAAAUGCAGGAAACCCCCGAGACAUGAGGAGAUUCCAGGUGGUGGUCUCGACUACGGUGAGCGUGGAGGGACACGUACUGUCAGUCUCCGACAACAUGUUUGUCCACAAUAACUCCAAACACGGCCGACGGGCCCGAAGGCUCGACCCUGUUGAAGGGACGCAAUCGUACCUAGAGCACGGAGCAGCUCCCUGCAUCAAAGCCAUCAGUCCCAGCGAGGGCUGGACCACAGGGGGCGCUACAGUCAUCAUCAUAGGAGACAACUUCUUCGAUGGUCUCCAAGUGAUCUUUGGUACCAUGUUGGUUUGGAGCGAGUUGAUCACGCCACAUGCCAUCCGGGUGCAGACGCCUCCCAGACAUAUCCCCGGGGUCGUCGAGGUCACGCUGUCUUACAAGUCCAAACAGUUCUGUAAAGGCACACCGGGACGGUUCAUCUACACAGCACUAAAUGAGCCGACCAUUGACUAUGGGUUCCAAAGGCUUCAGAAGGUCAUCCCUCGACACCCUGGGGACCCUGAGAGGCUUCCAAAGGAGGUUAUUUUGAAAAGGGCAGCUGACCUGGUGGAAGCCCUCUAUGGUUUGCCCCACAAUAACCAGGAGAUAAUCCUGAAGCGUGCAGCGGACAUCGCAGAAGCUCUUUACAGUGUUCCACGUGGACACACUCAGCUCUCAGGCUCUACCCACAGCAGCAUGAUGGGAGUCAACUCCUUCACCGGACAGCUGUCUGUCAAUGUGUCUGAACCAGCACAGGCCAACCAGGGUUUUGUGCGCAGUAGCAGUAGUGUGUCCCCUCAUGGUUAUGUUCCCAGCUCCACACCUCAGCAGACCAGCUACACCUCAGUCACCAGCACCAUGAACGGCUACGCCAACAACACCGGCAUGACCAACCUGGGAGGCUCGCCCACUUUCCUCAAUGGCUCUGCAGCCAACUCGCCUUAUGCCAUUGUCCCAUCCAGUCCAACAAUGGCCUCCUCCACCUCCCUCCCCUCCAACUGCUCCUCCUCCUCUGGCGUCUUCUCCUUCUCUCCAGCCAACAUGGUGUCUGCAGCCGUUAAGCAGAAGUCAGCCUUUGCUCCAGUGGUCAGGCCCUCCUCCUCCCCUCCGCCAUCCUGUACCAGCGCCAAUGGAAACGGGCUCCAAGAUCAAACAUUUGUGGACUCUAGCAAGUACUCAACAGCCAGCUCUCUACAAGGCCUGGCCUUCACCUGAACAAUCCCAGGGAUGAUCGUCCCACCCAUGUAAAGGUGUGAGUGUGCGCAUGCGUGCGUGUGUGUGUUUGACAUGAAUCAAGCACACUCACCGAUCCUGCCGGAGGAUUUCGGUGCCAGUCAGACUCCGGUCGGGGACGGAGGAUGUAACCGUCCCGAUCAUGAAGGAACAAACCCAACUCAGGCCCUUUCUAACACGAGAACAACUGCAAGACUUUAAAAAUGACAAAAAACAGACUAUUUGCAAGUAAAUAAGUUGUUAAGAAUUUGUACACCUUGAUGCUUUUAUAGGAGAACUGCCACGCCUACUUUUGACUCUCCACGGACACGUGAAGUGUAUUUAUUUUGGAGAGAAUCUGCUCUUGAGUGAUUGUUAAUUUUUUUUUUUUCUUUUGGUGCAACAGUAAACGUGUGAGAACCAUCUUCUAUCUGUAUAUCACAUGAAGGGUUUUUAUUUAUGAAGUUUGGUUAUAAAUGAAGGAAUAAUGUGAAGAAUAAGAAGAAAAAAAUGAUGAGGAAGCUAUGAGACCCAUGCAAGGUUAAAGCAAGCCGACACAGACAAGCCAAGCCAGACACUUCCUUUAUCCACACCAUCAUCACUCUUUUAGCACAAACCUUCAUCUUCCUCUGCAUCUUAUCGAUCAUCUAAAAGAUUCAGACGCCUGCGAAUGAUGCUGCAGUUUGAGCCAUUCAGGAAAUCCAAGCGUUGAUUCUCAGAUUUCUUAAAAUACAUCUGCUUUAUGUUUCAGCGUGCCACAUUUUCACAACAGAUCACUGUAGUUUGAGCCAACAGCUCCGUCUAAGAUUGAAGGAAGGAAUAAGACACACUGCAGUGCUAUUUCAGAGUUGAUAAAUCAAGUUUAGAUGUAAAAAAAAAGGCCAAGAUUUGAUGCAGCUUGAUAAUUAGAGAUAAAAAUGUGAGUACUUGGUGCCAGCAGCAGCUUAGCUGUUGAGGCUUUGAACCAACAACUCUACUCCACAGUCUGUUAGCCAUGUUAGGUCUUUUGGUCAUUAGAUUUUAGGUCAGAAAUUCAAAUUUUAAAAAUGAUGUAAAGACUAGUUUCUCUAAUUUCUUUGAUAAUAUAAUAAUAGGAGUCUCUUUUCUAUAUUCUUACAACAAAUGUUGCCAUCAAUAGUGGGGGUGUGCCAUAUGGUCUAUAGCAGGGCUAUUCAAUUACAAAUUCAAUUUGGGCAAAUUGUAAAAUCAAGAAAUGUAGCUGGGUCAGACAUGUUCAGCACCCAGUAAGCAGCUGGUAAUGUCAAAUUUCAAACCAAUGCAGAUCAAUU